AUGUCAAAUAUUUACCAAAAUAAUUAUCAACCACCUUUAAGUUCCCAGCCACUCAUCCAACCACAACCACAACAAUAUUAUUAUGUCAAUACACCAUUAAUCGAAAGACCACAUAAUAAAGGUGAUAAACACUCAUCAGAUUGUGCUUACUCUGUCACAUUCUUUGUUUUAGGUUUCUUCUUUUUCUUCCCAUUCUUUUUCAAUUUUGCUUACUUAAAGUCACCACAUUGCUAUGCCCGUAAAAUCUCAUUAGCAUCAUUAAUUGUUGGUUCUCUUUAUUUAUGUGCUGCAAUUUCCGUCUUCUCAACUUUUUAUUUCAGUAUGGGAUGUUGGAAUGGUAAUUCCUAUAAUUAUUGUUAA